AUGAUUGGAUGGUUAAGUUGUUUAGCAUGUAUUAACAGUGAUAUUCGUCGUGUACAAUUUCGUAUUUUGAAAUAUCUCGUUUCAUUAGGCAGUCGUAUGAAUCAUUAUCUUAUUGAUGAUACUUCAAAUCAUUUAAUUAAAAAAGCUGUAGCAUGGGAUAAUGACAAUCAUAUAGCAUUUGCUGUACCAUUGGGUGACAUAAAACCUACCAUUCAUCUUGAUAUUUUUCUACCUCGUAUUGUCUAUCUAGCGUUACAUAGUUCUGAUGGUCAAACAAAAAUAACUGCAUGUAAAUUACUUCAAUCAAUAUUACUUUAUAUGAUUGGAAAAAGUGCAAAUAAUCGAAGCAGUGCAGCAGUUAGUUUCUAUUUUUGUAUCAUCAAAAAAUGCAUAUUGAUUCUUUUUGAGCGUGGGUGUAGAAUUUCUCGGUAUGCCAACACCCUUUAUGAAAAAGGGACCGUAAAAAUGUGUCCACUAUAAGGAGAUGUCUACUAUGGGAGGUUUUGGUGUAAUUAUACUCUUAAAAGUUACAAUAAAAAUUUCUGAAAAAAUACCAAUUUACCAAUCAUUUCAUAAUGAAAGAGAGCAUCAGCUGAAUGUUAACAUUAAACUAUUAAACAAUGUGAAAAACAGCAUCUCCCUCUUUUUAGCUGAUUGCCACACAUAUGAAUUUUUCAAAAAAAAAGAGGAAUUUUUAAACUUCAGUCAUCCUUUACAUGCGUAACAAGUUGAGACUUGAAUUAUUUCUAAUUUUCUUUUUUGUGGAUGGUUCCUUUUUCAAUAAAAGUAUUACAGUAAUUUGAAGUUCUUAAUGCACUAUCAAGUGAUUUUAUGUUCAAACUUUCACAUAAUAUACUAUUGAGAAAUACUGAAUUGAAACACGAAUGUUUUCUUGCGGCACUGUUCAUUGUUGGAAGUGGAAAAAAUGUAUGCGAAAACAAGAUGCUUUUAUAGGAAACUUGAUUGUCACCUCUGAAAAAUCGAGCUUGCACUGCUCAUUCAUUUAAGUUAUAUUUCUUGAAAAUAUUUCACAAUAUUUUGGAAUAAUACCUUCUUAUUUCAACCAUUUUAUGAGAUCAUUUAUUAAUGAAGUUGUAAAAAAAUAAGGGAACAAAAUGUUUGAUCAGUAAAAAGGAUUAAAUGAUCAGUAAAAAAAGAGAUAAAUGAUCAGUAUAAAGAUUAAAUGAUCAGUAUAAAAAUUGAACGAUUAGUACUAAAAGUAUCAGUAAAUAAUAAGAGAAUGAUCAGUUUAUUAUAUAUAAUUACCAGUAAAAUGUACAAUUUAUUCCAGUAACAAAUACAAAUUUGAUCAGUAUAGUAUACAAAUUUUAUCAGUAGAAAAAUAAGUUUUAACCGUAUUAAAUAAAAAGUUAUCAGAAAAAGAAAUUUAAAUAAUUAAAGAACAAUCCAAAAGAAUAUUUUAUAGAAAUCUAAAGAGUGAGUGUGAAAAGAGUAAAUGAAUAAGCAUUUUCUUCCAAAACUUCAUCGGAUAAAUUGCUUGUAUAUAGUGCAACCUCUACCAUUUUCAUUUCUUUCAUUUGUUAAAAUUUGAGUAAUGAUGAGCAAGAGGAUUGAAGUAAAGAGUUUAUAUUUGUUAGUAUUUAACCUCAAAUUCAGUCCAAUCUUAGAUUCACUUAGGUCAACCUGGAGUCUCAUUCUGGACUAGUGCAAUGCCAGAUUUGGAAAGCAGUUUUCGUUAAAGCCUUCACUAGUGGUUAGAUAAAUAUUGCAUUGGAAUAAUAUUGCUGAACUAGAUUAAAACGAUGGUAUUCCGACAUUGUGAUCAUCACUGAAGAAACGAAGUUAAGACACGAACACUUAUAGAUAAUUUUCUAUAACAGCUGGUCUGCUAUAGCAACCUAUUCGCAAGUUCUAGAACCCUAAAUUAAUUUCUCUAUCGAUGAUUAUAUUAGCUGAAAUGUCAUUUUUUCAAAACAGUUCAGUAAGAAGUAUUCCAAAUUAAUAACUAUCUAGGGCCAGUUAAAAGUUUUCACAAAAAUCAGCUUUUCAAUCUGACAUUUGACCAGGCAAAUAUGAGAGUCUCAUAUUGGCUAGGUACAUCUGAAAUUGGAUUGACGCCGAGAUUGGGCACUAAUAUAUAUACGUUGCACUUGUUAUCUGUACGACAUAGUUGAAAAACAGAAAAAAUGAACCAUACUAUAACACAUUUGAAUUUUUAUGCUCAUCUUUGUAUUUAAUUUACUGUUAAUUAAUUAUAUUUACUGAUUCUCAAAUUUAUUUACAAAUCUUAUCAAUGAAUAACUGAUUAUCGAAGUAAUUUACUGAUCAAUUAUCCAGUUUACUGAUCAAUCAUUCGAUCUGCUGAUUUUAUAAUAUUCUAACGUACUGAUCAUUUCAUCUAUUUUACUGAUCACUUAAAUCUUAGCCAAAAAAUAAAUGAUACAGCAAAAAACUAGAGAAGCGUUUUACCACCAUCCUCAGUAAUGAUGGUUAUAAGGCUACUUUACACGCAACGUAUGCUUACAUAGAAAACCACAAGAGACAGAGAUGAACACAAGAAAGAAUAAAGGAAGCUAAGCAAGAGGUGAUGUCAAUCAAUAUUAGUUCAUAUGAUAGGUUCAAGAUUGCUCCUUGCAACGUAGCACUUUACUCAAGUAUGUUUUAUAAUUCUAACCAACAAGGGAAAAAAUAUAUAAACAACACGUUGAAAAAGAAGUGAAAAGAUAAAGCAGUUAAGUUUUGAUUAUCUCUUAGCCAGUGAUUCCAAUAACGAAGCUUAAAGAAGAUAAAUAAUAAUGGUGUCAAAUGCCGUCAUAUUUGUGUGUUGUUACAUAUGUGCAUUUAUUUGAAAAAUUUUUCAUAUAAAUGUCAAUAUUACAUUCUUUCUUACAUUAGUUAGUGUAUAUUUCAAAUGAAAUUUCUACUACGAUUAGUGUUGUAUCGUCAAGAUUAUGAUACAACAUUUACUCAUACAAUACGCUACAUUUUCAUCGAGUCAAGUCCAUGAGAAGCUUCCAAUAAAUACUCACAGUGCGACGACGAUGAGUAAGAUUUGAAUUCAUCGAGUAUAAAAUAAAAACUAAAUUUCGAUUUGAGUCACUAAGUAUAAGCAACAUGUCCGCUAUAUGAAUAGUACAAAAGUUCAUUUGGCAUAUGGAAUAUGUAUUCAUUCAAAUAUAAAUCUUUUGUAGGAAUAAUUCUUAAAUGUAUAUGAAAUAGAUCGGUUAACAUCUGCUUUUUUUUUGAAUGAUGAUAAAAAACAUCUGUCGCAUAUCGGUAAAGGAUUUAUUGAAACCUGACGACAUACGUACAUGUACUCUGCUCUUUGCGAAUUGAUUCAUUUUGAUAUCGAGUUACUAAGGGUUUGUCAAAAUGUAUUUUUAUGUUUUACUGCAUAAAUAUAUUAUCUAUAUUAAUGUUUCUGCAUAAUUUAUUAACAGAAAACUAACAUGAGAUACACACAUAAAUUACAGUUUGUUUCAGAAUCUCAAAUACUUAUUUAUCGAGACAUGAAAAUAGAUUGUUUUUAUAUAUUGUAACAAAAAGUCAUCCAUUUUAGAUUAUAUACUGAUGACAUCAUCAAAAUUUGAACAGGUGAUUUCAGAAAAAAGUCUGAAGUGUAAUAAAUAUAAUCGUUUGAGUUAUUAUUUCAAUUAAUAUGAAACAGAAUCUGCUUUUUUCUUUGCCACAAAGAGAAAGAACAUUGCUAUCCAUGACUAUUUUGUAGGUUUUAUUCAAUCUUCGACUAAUAAUAUUCGCAGAAUUUUUGUUCCUAUCCAGAAUUCGGAAUAAAAGUACUUUUGAUUUAGUUCUAUGCUAUAAAUAACUCAGCUGAUAGAGUAGAGAGAGAGAGAAAGCAGCCGUGUAAGAGACUAGGGAGAAGUAGCAACCUUUUAUGCUUGAAAUUAUUUUAUGUCACUGACAGUUUCUGAAGUUUCUCGGAGUUGAAACUGAGAGAGUGAAUUUCUUUAGAGUCAAAUUUUGAGGUUAGAGUGUUUGACUGUACAGGACUCUAAUUUUCAUCAUUACAGUCAUACUUUAGUACUUUACCAUAUUUGAAAUUAUUUCAAUACACUCUGACCUACUGUUGGACUUAACUGUAUUCUUUGACUCAAAGUAUACUGUUUCUUCUUGUUAAAUCAAUGCAUUCGCUCCUCAAAAAGUUUGAAAACUGAAACUACAGACUUCUUAUAAAAGCAUGAAAGAACAUACUAGGCUGAAUAUUUUUUGUGAUGUAGCUGUAUCUAUUCUAGAUGUAACCAAGAAGAAUUAUGAAUUAGAACCCUUUAGAAACCUACUGAGAAUACCUAGUUCUGUCAUACAUGCUCUUGUAUUCUGUCUAAAAUGUUCUCUCUUAUGUCCAUUUCUCGUUCUUUCUUCAUAUGAAUUUCGUUUUUUUUUUAAUGAAACUUAGAAUUAUUCCACUUAUUUUGUAAGAUUGCACAUCUACUACAACUGUAUCAAUGAUAUCAACACCAUUUGUCGAAAUACACAAUGCUGAUGAGCCAUUUUUCUAUUAUUUAAUGCUUACAAUGCCAUUAGUUGCUCUUAGCGCUUAUAUCUAUGAUGCUUGUGCCUUUUUCUUCAUGAAUGAUACACCAGCUGGUCUAUUUUCCUCUGUUUUAUUUAUAUUUUAUUUUCUACAGUAUUCCGUUACAAUGAAUUCCAAAGUAGCUUUAACAAUAUACGAAGUUGUUAUUUGGUUAAUGGUAACGACUGGUGAUGCCCUAUAUAUAUGUUACUAUUUACGACAGAACAAUCGAGUACAACAAAUAAGAUAUAUAGGAUAUAUCUGCUUAGAUUCCAUAUUUAGUUUAACGUUAUGGAUUUGUAAAAUGGUGGCUCUUUGUAAAACACAUGAUCAAGGUUGUAGGUGUUGUAGACAAAUAUUUCAUUGUUUGCACAUUAAUCCUAAUAUUCGACCACAUAUUAAAGUACAUCAACGACAAUUUUUCAGUUUUGUUUCACGUUUAGAAGCCAUUUUAGCAACACUCAUACCAAUAUUUUUUAGCGAUAAAAUCAUUCGGACAACAUCGGCAAAUAUUAGCUUUUUCAUUCUAUUUGACUUUUUCUAUGAAUCGUAUCAUAAAUUUUCUUCUAUAUGGAUCAAACUUGGCUUAUAUAUGUUUGUGAGUAUUGUAACUGCAUCUAUAGCAACUGAAUGGCUUUAUUAUGUGAAAUUGGAACUUAUAUACUCGCAAAUUAGUGGUAUUUUAGAACUCUUAGCUGCUUCUAGUUGUUGUAUACUUAUUAUAAUGCAAUUUUUUCCUUAUCAUUUCCGUCCGAAAUAUAGACAAGUUGAAGAAUAAAAUUUUCAAAAGACUUGUUUAGUUCUUGACCUAUGAAAGUACCAAAUGGGCCUAAAUAUCAAUUGUUUGAGAUGGAAGUUCGAAGCAUUAUCAGAUGUAUUCUGAGGGCGAGGAUGAGUAAAAAAAAGUAUUCUAACACUUAUGAAACAAUUUUUUCUCUUGCAAAAAGAUUUUGACAGAUAGUCUUAUUAUUUCAACAUUUUUCAAUAGAUACAGUUCAAAAAUAAGAUAUGACGGUAAUUUAUUAUAUGUAGAUAAGGUUCUUCAGAAGUAUUUUCUUUUCAAUUUGAUUCAUAGAGCAAUUAAUAUCAAGCUUCAUAAAUUUACAAUUAAAUAAUGUCAAGAGCCUGUCGUAAACCGAUCUUGUCACUCACGUAAUAGUUUGAUCGAUUCAUUUCUGUUUUUUGUCUAAUUUUUAGUUGAUUUUUUAAGUUAAUGUUGUGGAAGUUAACAUUUUCCAUGAUGCCUUUGUCUUGACUAAUAGUUUAUCUAAAUAUCGAUUCAUUCAUGUUUCUAUUUUGUGGAUGUGGGAUGGGGGUGAACGAAGGGGAGAUUAAUAUCCAUAGUCACACUUCUUCACACUCACAUCCUACCAUGAACAAUAGUAGCAAAGACUAUAUGUAUAUAUAUGCUAAGCGAGAAUAUGUUGAAUAAAGCACUUCUUUUCUUUUAGUUUAUAUGAUAUAUCUGGAACAAAUACCUUUGUUCUAACUGAGAGUGUGGAUGUCAGUGAAAAGACAGUUCAUAUUCUCAUUCUAUAUGCGAUUGAUAGAGUAGAUAUUGAACCUAACAUUUCUAUGAUUCCAAUUAAGAACUUCGCUCGUAGUCAAUAAUAAUGAAAAAUAAUUAAAUUUCUUUUUGAAAAUGAACACUGAUGACUGCAUUUUUAUUUUGAUAGCCGAAGACGGUUGAAAUCAUCAGUUUUUAAUAUAAUUGAUUAAAGAGUACAAAUAAUAUUAUGACAAUUUUCAUUAGAUUUUCAAUCAUAUUUCCCCAAUUCUUAUUGAACACAUAUGACAUUGUCAAACAUAGUUUAGAAAAGCCUAUGCACAAAAAAAGAACACUUUUGAAUAAUUAAAUUGAUUUUUUUACAGACAUUUGAAGUUCUUGUAAGCAGUAGCUAUUGAUGAUAAAUGUUUGUUACUUUACUAUCGUUCUCAAAUGUUCAAUCGGAAAUCACCAAGUACAAUUGCCUAAACUUGUCGAUCGUAGCAAUUCAAAUUAGAAACUCGCCUAUCAGAUGCACUAGUAUGGAUUCAUAAUUCUUCUUUAGCUUUCUGUUUUAUAAAUGCAGAUAGCUGUUUGCUGUCUGUAUGAACUAGUGUGCGAUCAACACGCGAUAGAUAUUCAUUAAUAUAUAAUGGUCUAAAACCAUGAAAACAGUAAUCGUAUGUAUCACGAUGAGUAUGUUACAUAUUGUUGAAUAGCACUUGCACUUGUCGACACAUGCGAGAAGCACUGAUGCUAUGAAUAAUCGAUUAGCGCUUUAAUAGAGAUCAUUGAACAAAUCCGAAUGAAAUAACUUCUCUUAUAUUUCUUAACCAUGGCACAUCAUUGUAAAAAAAUAAUAAACAAUUACUCUUAACGUUUUAGAGAAAGUGGCAGUCCUAACAAUGAUCAUUUUGAUUACAAAUUAUGACGGUAUCAUAAUUAAAUAUUCUAUCAGGUUAAUGUCCGAUGUUGAAUCAUAUCGACAUACUCAAAUUUUACGUUAUGUACGAAUUUAUCCGUAGAGAAGAAAAAGAAAAGCAUAAGAAUAAAUGUGUUCAUCGAAAAAUAAUUCCUCCUGGUAAAGAUGAAGUAUUCCUUGAGAUGCUUCCUAACGAUCUUCUAUUUGAUAAAUUUAAAAAAUACCUGAAGAAAGAUUCUGGUUCAUUAUCAACCAUUUUCGAUUAAAAUAUUUUAUUAUAUUUCAUUUCUUAUUAACAUGAAAUCUCUCUAAAGUUAGAAUUGAUUAUUUGAAAUAUUUAUUACAUAGAACCAAAUGAAAAAAAGGAACACACUUAUUCAUCUUUUUCUAAUUUGUGUAUUCAUUAAUCAGUACCAUAUUGUUAAAAAACUUCCAUAAUUCAUUCGUGCAUGCAGGUGUGGGUGCGGGUGUAAGUGUUGGUUUUCUUUUCGUUUACAUCCACACUCACACGUACACCCACACCCAUACCUUAAGUGUGUCGGUGUGUGACUAUUUCUUCUUUUUCGACACCCACUGAUACUCAAACCCAUCCGCACCGACAUCCACACCCACACCAACACUCACACGUACACGCACACCCCCCUAGGAGGCAUUGCACGUAAGCCACGACCAACGUUGCUCAAUCAAUGUCACCGAUUUGGCUGAUAUUUUUAUAGUAGGUAGGCCUAAGAGUCUUAGGAAGAAACUGAAAAUUUCAGCUCAAACGGAUGAGCCGUUCUGGAGAUAUAGACGAUACAAGUAUGACGGGGUAGGUCCCAUUUGGAGUACUUUAUAGUGCAAUACUUUUCAGUAAAUCUCUAUUUUCUCGAGAACAACAAGAGAUGCAACUGAGAUUUUUUUACCAUAAAUACUAUCAACGAUGGGCUAUAUUUUUAUGGUAAUAAAAGUAUCUCAUCACUGUAUGAUUUUUGCUUGACAUUAUAUACCAUUUUCAGAAUACAUUCUCACGUAGAUGCGGCAAGCUGGUCGGAUCAGCGCGCUAGGACAAAUCGAGAGUAGUCUCAUCUGAAAGAGCACAUCAAAAUGCAUCGACUGACGUUUUCAAAAAUUUGUGCAAUUGAACUUUGGUAGCAAAAAUUUUUUGAACAAGACUAGAAAGG